UUGAAAUAGAGAUUGGCGAAAAACUAGACUUGACAGUCUCACCAUUCAAUGCAACAUUGAUAAUGCAUUUUCAAAAUAAGCCCCAGUGGUCCAUUGAAGAACUGCAUCAAGUUAUGAAAGUGCCAGUGACUGUUUUAAGAAGGAAAAUAACUUACUGGCAAACAAUGGGACUGAUCAUGGAAAAAGGAAGUGACUAUUUUGUUUUAGCAGAUGAAACAGAGAACAAAGCAAAUGUUUCUGCCAAUCAAGUUCAAGAGAUGAUUUGUGAAGAUGAGGAGACAGAGAGUGUCAUGGCUUCCGCUCAUGACCAGCGGGAAGGAGAACUUCAAGUAUUCUGGUCUUACAUUGUUGGCAUGUUGACAAACUUGGACUCUUUGCCUUUGGACCGCAUACACCAGAUGUUGAAGAUGUUUGCAUCACAAGUCCCUGGUACUGAAUGUAGUCUGCAGGAAUUGAGACAGUUUCUAGACACCAAAGUGAGGACCCAUCAGCUGGUGUUGCAAGGUGGCCUGUAUAAAUUACCUAAAACUAUUGGUUUGAGGUAAAAUGUUAUGGGAAAAAUUGCUUCAUAGAUGUAUGUGUAUUCUAGUAAGCAUUAUAAUUUUGUAAAAUGA